GGUUUAAAUUUCUUCAUCAAGAUUGAAAUUUUAAUCAGUUAUCCCAAGCCCUAAUUCUAAAAUUGGGGGAAUUUUCCCAUUGAAAAUCCAUUAAUAGAUCUUUUAGUAUCAGAAAUUCUUAAGCUUUGUUAUCUGUGAUUUGAUUUAUCUUAAUAGGUUUUGUGGAACAGUGAGCUGAGCGCUUGUUGUGGCUGUUUUGAGAUUGCAAUCAUGUAUUUUGAUGGUUAUGGCUAUCAUGGAACAUCAUUUGAGCAAACAUACCGCUGUUAUCCAGCCUCUUUUAUUGAUAAGCCUCAGAUAGAGAAUGGAGAUAAAAUUAUAAUGCCACCAUCUGCUCUUGACCGUCUCGCAUCUCUUCAUAUUGACUAUCCGAUGCUGUUUGAGCUUCGAAAUGCUGCGACAGAUAGGGUUUCUCAUUGCGGGGUUCUAGAGUUUAUUGCCGAAGAAGGCAUGAUAUAUAUGCCAUAUUGGAUGAUGGAGAAUUUGCUUUUACAAGAAGGAGAUAUCGUGCGUGUGAAAAAUGUGACUCUUCCCAAGGGUACAUAUGUGAAGUUACAACCGCACACAACGGACUUCUUGGAUAUUUCCAACCCCAAAGCCAUCUUGGAGACGACACUAAGGAACUUUUCCUGCUUAACAACCGGGGACAGUAUCAUGGUUGCUUAUAACAAUAAGAAGUACUACAUAGAUAUUGUGGAGGCAAAGCCUUCGAAUGCCAUAAGUAUUAUUGAAACAGACUGUGAGGUGGAUUUUGCUCCUCCCUUGGAUUACAAGGAACCUGAAAAACCUACAAUAUCUCCUGUGUCAGGCAAGGCACCAGCUGGAGGUCAAGAAGCUGAAGUUGCUGAUGCCGAACCAAAAUUUAACCCAUUUAGUGGUGUGGGUAGACGUUUGGAUGGGAGAUCCGCAAGCUACCCACCUCCAUCUGUUGCUUCAUCCAGUUCCAAGGAUAAGCGACCUGAUGUCGUUAAUGGUGGUGCACGUCCCUCAGCAGGGUCAAGUUCACAGAGUGCUGGCAGUCAACAGUCUCAAGGGAAACUUGUCUUUGGCUCAAACCCAAGUCGCCCUCGCGAGACGCAAAAGGUACUCUGUUGCGCCCAUUUCUUUAGUUGUAGCAUGCUUAGCAAAGUUAAAGUUUUUUACCCUCUAUUUUGUUACUUUGUUUCUUCGGGAAUUUCACUUCACCCAUUUUAUGUUUCUAAUGGACUGAACGUAUUCCCUCCUCCUGCUAGUUUUGAAGCUGAAGGUUGAUGUUUCUGUUCUGCAGGAACAGGCUAAAGAAACUAAAAAGGAGCCUGAAAAGAAAGAAGAGCCAAAGUUCCAGCCUUUCACAGGGAAGAAAUAUUCAUUGAAGGGAUAAGUUAUGUACACAAAUAUAGUACCUAGCUGUAACAUUUAUGGACUUCAGGUUGGACCUUCAUGGUUCAGGACGGAAGGCCUUCAGAUGAUUCAUUUAUAUAGCACGGGCUCAAUCUGACUUUUAUGAUCUAUCAAUCUUUGGUCAGCGUUGAUUUUGACCAUCUUCUUGUUAAUCAUAUUUCUAAUGGUACUAGUUUCCCAAAAUAAUUGCUGUUGCGAAGUAGAACCAUUUGUCUUAAAUCUUUUUGCACAGGUCUAAUUCUUGAAUAUUUGUGUUGUGAAUUUUUCUUUUUUUAUGGGCUGGAAUUGGAGCUGACGAAGCUGAACGGGGUUAAUCUCUGAAGUAUUUACGAUUACUUUUUAGUUAGUGUCUUACAUUUAAACCUCCAUUGGAAAAAAAAAAUGAAAAAGUGAUGAAAAUAAGCAAUACUUGGAAGGAAUCCGAUUCAUGUACUAGCAGAUUGAAAGCUCACAUUCGAUGAAAUUAGACAGUACAGCAAUGACACAGCGAACGAUAAAUAAAUAUGCGAGUCUCGCAAGUUGUACAAAAACCACCCAAAAAUUAGUUGCUCGCGCUCCCUCUUAACAGUGUAGUGUUCUCUCUAUAUCGGAGAAAGUUGGAAUCUACUCAGUUUUGAUCUAAGCAAAUAUGAUCACCAAAAUCAAAGAAUGUGCCUGUAACUUAAUCUGUUGCUCACUGAGUCGUCAUUAUGGAUUUCAAUGCAUCUUUUACGUAUCGAUAUUUGAAAGGGAAACCUAGUUCCUGAGCUUUAGUGGGGAGCACCUUUUGUCCUUCCAGAACC